AUGGAUAGAGCGCAUCCCUUGAGUACCCCGAUGGUUGUGAUGUCACUUGAUAUUAGUAAAGAUCCAUUUAGACCUUGUGAAAAUGAUGAAGAGCUUGUUGCUGCUGAAAUACCAUAUCUUAGUGCAAUUGGGACAUUACUGUAUCUUGCCAAUAAUUCUAGACCAGGUGUAGCUUUUUCUUUGUCUGAUCCACAUAAAGGUCAAUCUCAGACAGGUUAUUUAUUUACAUGUGGAGAGAUAAUAGCCAUUCAUGAAGCAAGUCGAGAAUGCGUUUGGUUGAGGUCAAUGACUCAACAUAUCCAGAAGACAUGUGGUCUUACUUUUGAAGGGGAUAUUCCAACAACAUUGUACGAAGACAAUGCUGGUGAAAUAGAUGUUCGACAAGUUCGCUCCAGUGAUAAUUUAGCAGAUAUGUUCACUAAGGCAAUUCCAACUUUAACAUUUGAGAAACUAAUAUACAAGAUUGGAAUGCGUCGUCUCCGAGACAUUAAGUAA